GUAGUCCCUGCAUCUCCGGCCCGCCACCGCCGCCCGCACUGAGCUCGCCUCUCGCGCCCGCUGCCGCCCGCCUGCCCGGCUCCCGCAUCCUUGCCGCCCAGCCGUCCAGCCGUCCGCGCCCGAGCCAGCCCCGAGGGCACAGGAGGCGGCGGCCUUGGGGAAGGCGCGGCGCUGAGCCGGGCGCUCAGCCCACGGCCCGAGCCACCUGAGCCCGAGUAGCGGGUCCCAAAGGCCUGCGUGUGCCCGUGUGCAGGUGAAGUGGGUUCUGUGCGUCCCGUGUGCGAUCGUUCGUUCCUGCAGUGCUCAGCGAGCCCAGGAGCCUCGAGUGGCCAGUGGUCGUACACCCAGCCAGCGGCAAAGGGCCUUUAGGGAAGAGAGAGACAGACCUAGAGGCAGACAGACCAGGCCGUUGGUCUGUGUUUGAGCAAGAAGUCUCUUCCUUCUUCAAGGUUUCCCAAAGGAGAGCAGAAAUAGGUCAAGGGCAGCCCAAGCAGCCACUUUCACUCUCCUCCCACAAGGCCUCAGCUUUGGAGAUGAGGAAUUCCGAAGACCCCCCAGCCACCCCCACGGUACUGCAACGCCUACUACAGGAGCAGCUGCGCUAUGGGAAUCCCAAUGAUAAUCGCAACCUCCUGGCCCUGCACCAACAAGCCACUGGGAGUGCUCCACCUUUCCCAGGUGGUGGGGGCGGGAGCCCGGGAUCUCAGGGGGAUGGGCUGACCCCCCAAGAUCACCAGCAUCAGCACCAGCACCCCCACGUGCACCCGCACUCACAUGCACAGCAACUUGGGGCCCACGCUGCCCGCCAGGAGCCGCAAGGGCAGGAGAUCCCAGUGGACAACAGCGUCAUGGAGAAGCAGCUGCCCUCCCGUAGGCAGAACAGCGAGGACCUGCCCACCUAUGAGGAAGCCAAGGUUCAAUCACAGUACUUCCGAGGCCAGCAGCACGCCAGCGUUGGUGCCGCCUUCUACGUCACAGGAGUCACUAACCAAAAGAUGAGAACAGAGGGACGGCCAGCGGUGCAGCGACUCAACCCUGCAAAGGUCCAUCAGGAUGAGGGGCUCAGAGACCUGAAGCAAGGCCACGUCCGCUCCCUCAGCGAGCGCUUGAUGCAGCUCUCACUAGCUACCAGUGGGGUCAAGGCUCACGGCCCUGUAACAAGCUCGCCACACUCCCCACCACAGCCAGGCGACCUCUAUAAAACCCCAGCUGCUCCCAGUGACUAUUACAAGAACCCAGGACAAGCCCAGGCUCAGCCCAACCUGAAAGUCAUGGAGCAUCGGGGCCCCCCUCCUGACUAUCCCUUCAAAGGCAUGCCCAACCCAUCUUUGGUCUGCAAGCCCCAGGAAGGCAGCCACUUCUUCGGUGAACAUCGUCUGAGCCAGCCUGGGAGAAUGGAAGGGCCCAUGAUGAGGUACCAGCAUCCCCCUGAGUAUGGAGCAAGCAGUUAUCUGCUGAUCUCUCCAUCCCGGAAAAAGCCAAUCCGGGAAAAUCGGCCUCUUAGCAAGAUUUCUUUCCGUGGACCAGCCCAGGACAUCUCACUGCAGCCAAGGACCCCUCACCAUCAUAGCCCUACAUCUUCCGUGACAUCACUGGGGUCCUUGAACCUGCUCCAGUCUCCACCAGCCAGCAGGCCAUCCCCUGCACAGCAGCACCCCUUGAACCCAAACCAGGGAGAGCCCAACUCUCUCCUGUCCAGGCCCCAGCAGCUCUUCCUGCCUAGUCAGGGCCACCAGGGGGAUUCCUACCGCCAGGGCCAACCCAAUCCAAGCCAGCAGCAGCCAGGAGAAAGCUAUUCAGCUAUGCCUCGAGCUCAGCAGCUGCCCUCACCUUACCAGCCCAUGCCAUCUGACCCAUACACCAUCGUCUUCAGAGCCCAGCAGAUGGUGGAGGUUCUCUCUGAGGAAAACCGGUCCCUACGGCAGGAGCUAGACACCUGCUAUGAGAAAGUUACAAAGCUGCAGAAGCUGGAGACAGAAAUCCAGCGUGUCUCAGAGGCCUAUGAAAACCUGGUGAAGACGUCUUCCAAGCGGGAGACCCUGGAGAAGGCCAUGAGAAACAAGCUGGAAGGGGAGAUCCGGAGACUCCAUGACUUUAACCGGGAUCUUCGAGAGCGAAUGGAGACAGCCAACAAGCAGCUUGCUGAGAAGGAGCAUGAGGGGUCAGAGGACACCCGGAAGACCAUCUCCCAGCUCUUUGCACAGAAUAAAGAGACCCAGAGGGAGAAGGAGAAGCUGGAGAUGGAGUUGGCUGCUGUGCGUUCCACGAAUGAGGACCAGCGGCGCCAUAUUGAAAUUCGGGACCAGGCCCUGAACAAUGCCCAAGCCAAGGUGGUGAAACUGGAGGAUGAGCUUAAGAAGAAACAAGUGUAUGUGGAGAAGGUGGAGAAGAUGCAGCAGGCUCUGAUGCAGCUGCAGGCUGCCUGCGAGAAGCGAGAACAGCUGGAGAACCGUCUCCGGGCCCGGCUGGAGAGAGAGCUGGAGUCUCUGCGCAUGCAGCAGCGUCAAGGCACCUCGCAGGCUGCGGCCAACCUGUCCGAGUACAGCGCUGCAGCGCUCAUGGAGCUUCUGCGGGAGAAGGAAGAACGUAUCCUGGCUCUGGAGGCUGACAUGACCAAGUGGGAGCAGAAGUACUUAGAGGAGACAGUGAUGAGGCAGUUUGCACUGGAGACGGCCGCCACAGUGGCUGCGCAGAGAUCGCACAUCAGUGGAAGCUCCACUCAGAAAGGUCUACCUCAAGACUGGUGGAAUAUUCUUCACAAAAGGGACACGACUGGCAACUCUCCUAACACCAGCUAUGACAAGUCCCUGGAAGCACGUAUUCAGAAGGAGGAGGAAGAGAUCCUACUGGCCAAUAGGAGAUGCCUUGAUAUGGAGGGCAGGAUUAAGACCCUCCAUGCCCAGAUCAUUGAAAAGGAUGCCAUGAUUAAGGUUCUCCAGCAGCGUUCCCGAAAGGAGCCCAGCAAGACCGAGCAGCUGGCACCCAUGCGCCCGGCAAAGUCCCUGAUGUCCAUUUCUAACGCCGGCUCAGGUUUGAUCCCUCACUCCUCCACCCUCAGCAGCACCCCCAUCCUGGAAGACAAGCGUGAGAACAAGAGCUGGAAGGGGAGUUUAGGUGUCCUCCUGGGCACAGAAUGCCACUCUGAGUCAUCCAUCCCUUCUACCCCAUCUUCCCCACCACUUUCAGCUCACUCCAAGACAGGCAGCCGUGACUGCAGCACCCAGACAGAUCGUGGAACCGACCCAGCCAAAACUGCCACUGCCGCCAAUGCCACUGCCGCCGCUGCUACUACCACUACCAGUACCGCCACUGCCACUGGGCCCGGGCCUGAGGCCGUAGCUGCAGCCACAGUCGCAGCUCUUGUCUCUCCUGCAGCUCCUGCUCCUGCUCCUGCUCUUGCCGCUGCUGCCGCUGCCGCCACUGCCAGCACCGCUGUCGCUGCUCCCGCUGCUGUCGGGGCCGCCGCUGGGGCCGCUGCCACCGGGGCCACUGCCGGGGCUGCUGCUGGGGCCGCUGCUCCCUCUUCUCUCCACCCAGCCACCAGCCCUGGACCGGCUCAUUUCCCUGCUCCAAACUUGACCUAUAAUUCCGACAAGACAGAUGGGCCGGCUGUCCGCUCUGGUGUGGAAAGAAAAGUGAGCAUUCGUUCUUCAGGACAAGACCAUCCAGAUGUGGAAAUUGUGGAAUAUCUCAUCUGAACAGGCCAACAUAGAGAUGCCGCCAGUCACCAAGAUCAUACUUUAUCUUUUGUUUUUUCCAGAAAGUCUUUUUGUUUAGAAAAAGGGCAGUCCUUGAGUUUGAGGAAUAGUCAUUCCCUCCCACUUUAGUGAUAAAACCUUAAAAGGCAGAGUAAUUAGAAUGCGCUUGAAAUUAGGGUUGGAUUUUUUUUUUUUGCUUGUUUGAAUACUGGAAGUGCUCCUGUCCGGAUAGAAAACCACUGUCUUAAAUGCACCAAGUUUGGUUGUCAAUUUCAGCCGUUUAAUACUGCCAGUGACACAUUUAUUUGUACCGUGAAGAUGAGAGGCUUGGACCACCUAGCCAUCAUCUAGACCAUCAGUCAUGCAGAGGAAGUGCUAUUUGACGGCCAGGGGCCUGGGGGCUGGGACUCUGGCCCUCUGCCCACAGCCCCCUUCCCUCAGUUUACCCACCUUGAUUGUUGGGGAUCUGGCCACUGGCUUUUUGCAUGCAGAUUUCCAAAAACAUCUGUCCUCCAGAACAGGUUAGAUACCAGAAAAUCGCUUAGAGAGGGAUUCAUAUCCUCUUGCAUCUCCUGCAAGGUCCAAGAGGAAUAUUGCCUCCCCUGGGCUCUUUCCAAAGACCAAAGGAUGUGUCUGGUGGCAGAUGGUAUCCUUUGCAAUGCUAGUCAUGGCCUAGAAACAACCUGUUUCAUCUCCCACCUUCCUCAGCUCUGCCUCUCGAGGCCUGUAUGGUUGUGACCCUAGCUGGGAUGGCAUUGAAAGCCCAGAGCCCUAAGGUGCAGAGAGGGGAGAUGGCAGUCCCCAGCCACUUCUUCUCAUCACCAAUUAUACCACUUGAGGGGGCAGCCUUACCAGACCUUUUAGAAAGCAGCAGGGAGAUGGGUGUGAGGGUAGGAACCAAAGACAUUCUCCCCAGAUAGAAGCGCUAUGGGAGACUUGAAAGUGGGAGACAGGACUCAAAUUCCAGCUCCCACACUUACUAGCUGUAUGACUGUGAGCAAACUGCUGUUCCUCUCUGAGCCCGUUUUCUCAUCCGCACGACCUACCUCACAGGCUUCUGGUGGGGCAGGUGCUUCAUCCAUUGUAAAGCAUCCUAGAACUGUGAGUUGGUAGAGGGCCUCCCUGUUCCCCACAGCAGGUCCCUGCCCUGUGAAUGAAGAGGUGGACUCAUUAGGAGCAAUGUCUUUCCCAGUCAUUGCAGUGGGGAGGGGUGGGGGGUGGGGGUGGGCAAAGGGGUUUGGGUUUCCAAUCCAGACAGCUGGAAGAAUAGGCAUGCUCCGGACACCGUAAUAAUUAUAACGUUCAUGCAUCUAUUCAUACAUACGAUAACCUUAGAGCCAGGAGAGACCUUCCAUAGUAGUUCAUCCCUCGCUUUUUGUUUUUUUGUUUUUUUGGGGUUU